AUGUCCUUAACCGAAAAUAAAUCAAUGAUUGAACAAAAAAGAACAGAAUAUUAUUAUUUGAGUUUUUUAAAAACAAGAGCAAGCAUAGAUACGUACUUUGUACUAUCUCCGAAACAAUUAGAAAGAUUAAAACAAAUUUCUGAAGCUAUUUUUAAAUUAGCUAAUGAAACUUUAUUAGAAAUAAUAAAGCAAAAUGAAGUAGAAUCUUGGAUGGAGUCAAGAUAUGGUGUUGUUAAAUCACUCUGGAAAAACGGUCAAACUGGGAUAAAUUUAGCUAGAUUUGAUUUCGCCUGGGAUCAAGAAAAGAAUUUUAAAAUAUUAGAGCUGAAUACAGGAAGUUGUUCUGGCUGGAUAUUUUCAGACUUGGUCGAGAAAGAAGCAUCAGCUGACAAAAUUGGUGUUCCUCUUGCUCCUCCAACAAUGUCUUAUACAAAUUAUGUGUUAAAUAAAUUAGGAUCAAAAAUAGCCAUUAUAAUUAUAGUGCCAGUUCCAGAAUGUGAUUUAUUGAUAAAGCAAAUUGUGAGCAUGGGUGGAGAAGCAAAAAGUUUCUAUCUUACUGAAGUUGGUUUCCAAGAUAUUAUCGAAUUUAAACCUACUGGAAUAUUUUGGAAAUGCCAUUCAGGAUUGGUAGAUCAUUCAGAGCUGAUACUUAAGCUAUCCAACUUAAGAUUACCACAAUUACCUUCAUUUGAAAGUAUGUUUAUAUCUGGCGACAAAUCAUUUUUAGCCAUCCUGAAUGAUAGGGACAUAACUGGCGCUAUUCCUAAAACUUACGUAGUGUCAAAAAAUAACUUGAUAAAAAAUCUUAAUUUUUUAGAACAACAUAAAGCAGUUCUAAAAGCAGGUGAUUCAAGCAGAGGUAAAGAAGUUGUAUUGGGAAAAAAUAUUAAAAAUAGUUGGGAGGACAAAUUAAAAGAGAUUAUGAAUUCCAAUAAAGAAUGGAUAAUGCAAGAACUCUGUUAUUUACAAAAUACCAAAGAUAAUAGAUAUGAGGAUAUUUCAGUUUUUAUUAUUGAUGGCGUUGUUCAGGGCUUUUCGUCCAGAAUUUCUUUUAACGAAAUAGUAAAUGUUGGGCAUGGUGGAUUUAGACAGUCUGUCAUCUUAAAGCAUGAUAAUUAA